AUGGCGUCGCCCACCACCAAAGACCAGCCGCCUCUGACGGCCGGCAUUCACAUCGACACGACGAUUGCGACAAUGGAAAAGGCGACGCUCGCGACCACGCUCGGGUCGUGCCCCAGCCCCUUUGACAGGUCGCCAUGCCCCAGCGGGCACACGUCGCCUCGAUCCGAGCGGAGCGCCAACCCCUUUGACACGGAUGUCGAGGCCAUGAUGACCAACGGCUCGACGGACAAGUGCCCGCGCUCCAGCAUCGUCUUGACUAGGAGGAACGACUGCCAGGUCUGGCCGGGCAAGGACCACUGGAAGCAGCGGGCCAAGGCGGCCAAGAGGCAACGCAGCUGUGCCUGCCUGGCGCGCCUCGACCGCCGCACGCGAAUCGCCGUCAAGAUACUCAUUGUCGUGCUCGUCGUGGGAGUGGCCGUCGGCGUCGGCUUUGGCGUCAGCAAGCCUCUCGGGGCUCCCAUCUGGGGCAAGAACAACUCAUGA